AUGAAAGAGAAAAACCAAAAUUUCUUCUUUGAACUCAACCUUGAAGGCGAUCACUGCAUUAAACAUGCAUUUUGGGCUGAUGCAAGAAGCAGGGCUGCAUUUGAUUAUUUCAGAGACGUGGUUUCAUUUGACACCACCUAUAAAACAAACAGGUACAAUUUGGUUUUAGGUUCUUUUGUGGGCGUGAAUCACUACGGCCAGUCGACACUUCUUGGAUGCGCGCUGAUGAAAAAUGAGGACAUCCAAUCAUUUAAAUGGCUAUUUGAGUGUUGGCUACAUUGCAUGGGAGGGAAGGCACCAAAAGGUAUUCUUACUGAUCAAUGCGCAUUGAUUCAAAGGGCAAUUAAGCUGUGCAUGCCAACAACAAUUCAUCGCUGGUGCAUCUGGCACAUUAUGAAGAAGAUCCCAAGCAAAUUAAAUGGCUACAAGGGACACAACGAAAUCGAACAAGAGAUGAGCCAUGUUGUUUGGAACUCGUACACAAAAAAAGCAUUUGACAGAAACUGGAUUGAUAUCCUUAGAAAGUAUGGCCUCGAAGGCAACAAGUGGCUUUCAGAGUUGUACGAGGAUCGACAUAUAUGGAUUCCAGUUUACUUGGAUCACCACUUUUGGGCUGGGAUGAGAAGCACACAAAGGAGUGAGAGAAUGCAUUCAUUUUUCAACAAGUUCAUCACACGGAAUAGCUCCUUGAGACAAUUCGUAAAGCAAUACGACAAUUGCCUAGCAAGUAGAGAGCAAGCAGAGAGAGAAUUUGAUGCUGUAAAUUUUCACACCGUGAUACCGUGCGCAACAAAAUCAGCAAUAGAGGCACAGUUUCAACAUGUAUAUACCCAUGAGAAGUUCAGGAAAGUUCAAGCUCAAUUCAGGGAGGCAUACACACAUCAAUAG